CGUCUGAUCACAACAGAGCAGUGCGGUCCGACUGACGAGCUGAGCGGAGCCGAGUCGUACGGAGCAGGAGGCACCUGCGGGAAGACGUUCUGACUGGACCCGCUUCCCUCUCCGCAUCGCUCGUUUAGCCGUCGCUUACGUUCUUUUUUUAUUUAUUUUUAAAAUCGCGCCUUCCUGGUGGCUCCGAGCAGGGAAGCAGUGAGACAAUACGCUGUCUUUUUUCCCCAUUUUUAUUUGGAAGAUGGUGACUCGGGUGGAGGAACCCACGCGUGGGGCCGCCGAGGAGGCUCAAGGUGCGGCGGUGCAUCCCAGCGGCCGUCCCUUCGUCUGUUAGCUCUGUUUUUACCUCGCCAGCUUCUUCUUUUCCCAUUUUUUAUUUUAUCGCUCGUCUCGUGUGUUUUUUUUUUUCCAUUUCUGUCAUUUGUGGAUUGCAGUUUCCGAUUAUCUCGCCCUGCACCCAUGGGAGCCGAGAAGACGCCGUCUCCCCUGUGAAGUGUCCGCAGCCUAGCCCGUCACCCUAAGCCCUGCACUUUGGACGAUGCCGGCGGGCAUGAAGCCGCUCGAGAAGUUCCUGAAGAAGCAGACGUCGGCGCUGAGCCGUGCUGGCGGCUUUGGGGAGAAGGGACCUGCGGGCUCCCGGCGACGAUCCAGCGUGUCUCGCGUGCUGCCGUUUCUGCGGGACCUGUCCCCCGAGUCUGGCGCCCCCCGGGAAAUCUUCAGCCCCGAAGCCGAGGAGCCCCCCUGCUGGCCCCCCGCCGCGGCGGAUACCAGGAGCCCCUCGCUCUCCAGUGACGAACAGAGCUCGGAGGGCUGCGUGGAGCCCCCCUGGGCACCGCUGCCCCCCGACACCCCCGAGAACGUCAUGCUGGCACUCCUGGACAGUGUAGCGGGCAGCCGGAGACAAGGAGGCGGCGGUGGCAGCGGCGGCAGCGGUGGAGUAGGCGGCGGUGGGAGCAGCGGAGGAGGAGGAGGAGGCGGCAGCAGCAGCGGCGUCAGCAGCGCAGAAAUCCUCCUGGAUGACGUGAUGCUCACUCACCCCAUCUUCCUUCCCGCCGACAAGUUCCAGCAAGUCCUCCUCCAACAAUUCCACGUGGACAAAAAGGAAGCCAACGGCUGGGGCGCAUGGGACAGCAGCGACAGAAAGAGGGCAGUGCUGAGCGUCACCUUCCGCUAUCUGGACAUGUACCGCGAGCUGCUGCAGGAGGAGGGCGAGCGUUCCCGGGCAUUUCCCAAGGAACUGUAUGUGCUGGCAGCACAGGAACUGAGCCGCUACCCUGAGCUGGUGGAGGAGGUCCUGAAGCUGCAGCGGUGGUCCGAGAUCAUGGAGGAACAGGUGGUGGAGGACAGUGACAGCAAGAAGAGGCAGGUGCGUCCACUGUUCCGGCACUUUCGCCGCAUCGAUGCCUGCCUACAGCCCCGCGAGGCCUUCCGAGGAUCCGACGAGAUCUUUUGCCGUGUUUAUACUCCGGACCACUCCUACGUGACCAUCCGCAGCCGACUGUCCUCCACCGUCGAGGAGAUCCUGGCCCAGGUGGCGGAGAAGCUGCAGUUUUCGGAGGAGCAGGACAGCCAGCACGGCGCUCUGGUGCUGGUCGCAGUCACGUCAUCCGGAGAGAAAAUCAUGUUCCGGCCGAGCGACGACUCGGUGUUCACCACCCUGGGAGUCAACACCCACCUGUUUGCCUGCGAGCCUGCUGAACUGGACACACUGCUCCCCCUGCCAGAAGAAGGGUACUGGACUCCGGGGGACAGUAAGUUGCACGACAUGAGUGCCGAGGAGGUGGCCGUUCAGCUGGUGGCAUUUGACUGGGAGCUCUUCAGCUGUGUACAUGAGGUGGAGUUCAUCCGCUACGUUUUCCGAGGUGAGGAAGCCCGCUGGCGGCCUCUCAACCUGGAGCUGGUGUUGCAGCGCUGCAGCGAGGUACAGCACUGGGUCUGCACCGAGAUCCUUCAGUGCCAGUCACUGCCCAAAAGAAUUCAGCUGCUCAGGAAGUUCGUCAAGAUCGCUGCCCUGUGUAAACAGCACCAGGAUUUGCUGACGUUCUUCUCCGUGGUGCUCGGACUGGGCAACCCGGCCAUCAGUCGCUUGAGGCUGACCUGGGAGGGGCUGCCCGGGAAGUUCAAGAAGCAAUUCCAGCAGUUUGAGAGCAUUGUGGACCCCUCUCGGAACCACAAGGCCUACCGGGAUUUGCUAUCCAGCCUGCGACCCCCUGCCAUUCCCUUCACCCCUCUGCUGCUCAAAGACCUGACGUUCCUGCAUGAAAGCAGCAAGACCUUCCAUGAUGGCUUGGUCAACUUUGAGAAAAUGCACAAAGUGGCAGAAAUGGUGCGAACGAUCCGAAGAUACAGGAGCGUCCAGCCAAAUCUGGACUCGGAGUCGUCGCCGUCUCAUUUGCAGACGAAGGCCUAUGUGCGACAGCUGCAGGUCAUUGAUAACCAGAAUUUGCUGUUCACCAUGUCGUGCAAACUGGAGCCCAAAGACGCUUGAAUCACAUCAGGGUUCUCACUGGAGUAUUUAUUACGGUUAUUUCGGUUUGAGUUUAUUUGAUUUUGCUCUUUGCCUGUCUGUGAAUUGAAAACUAGACAGCUUUGUUUCCACAGGGUGGAAUUCCCCCACAGAGUGGAUCUCUCCCCCCAAGCCCUAAACUGUGGUGGUCCCACAUGUAUAAGGAGACCCCCCAGAAGGCCCCCUUGUACAUUCGCCCGCACUUAGCAACCGCCAUAGUGACCCAGCAGCUGGUGGGGUUGUGUGGGGGUGAUUGGUGGUUGGGGGUCCUUUAGGCCUUGUGGGGCAGUCUAUGUUAAUGCCAGUGUGCUUUUUGCUCUCUUCAUUGUUAGCCCCACCCCCUGUAUUAUAGUCAUGUAAAUAUGUAAAUAAAAUCAAAGAUGGAGUCUUUAUUUUAUGUAUGAAAAGAUGGUAUAUAAAGUGAUUUUUGUAAAAUUACGUUUUGAUAACAAGUGGCUAAAAAUAUUGAAGAUGUAAAUAUUAAUGCUGUAAUAUGCUUGAAGUGGAUGCCUUUAAAUAUUCAACUGUUAUUGUUUUUGGUUCGUUUUUUUUUUUUUUUAUUUUGUUUACUGGUCAUUUUAGACAUUGAAGUGGGACAAUCAGUCGGACGUGAGGGCGGAGGAGGGCAGGCCAUGGGCUCACGGAGUUGGCACCUCUUUACCUUUCAUUCAGAUCUCGUCCUCCUCCUCCUCCUCCGCUCCUUCCACACGGGUUUUAAUAAAGACAAAAUGUCGAGUCCAAA